UCAGGUGAGGGAGAUGGAAUCACACUUUGAAAUCUAGCACUCAUCUAUGUGCUACAGGAUUUUAUUUAGGCCUGUUCGCUAGUGGGGCACCGGAAGACAAAUUUAAUCUCAGGAUCUACCAUUAAUUGAAAAAAAAGAAAGAACCGAACUAGGACAGUCAGGUCAGAAAGAAGGAUUAAUUUGAUGAUAUGACUUUAGCAACUGUGAGCAUAAACCUUCAUCGUUACCUUGUUGAACCUGCUGAUACGGCACUGAAUAAGCAGAAGAAAAUCCUGGAGUCACAUUUCAAAGAAUCAAAUUGCAUCAUGAAAGGAAUGGCUGUAAAAGUUAAAACAUGUGACCACUGAGCAGCUAAUGACAUUCAUUGAUUUUCAAUAAGUAUAUUUUUCAGACUGUGUUGGAGAAUGAAAGUAUAACUCGUCCAGAAGAAUGUGCAGAUCUUCAUCGCUAUGUGAGAGAGAAAAAGAAAAACAAGGAAUCCCUAAUGGGUGUUACAGUGAGUCAGCUGCACGAAUACCUGGCAAGUAAUUAUUCAGAAAUAAAAACUAAAGUAAUUUUGCUCGGGUUGGAUAAUGCUGGAAAAACAACCAUCUUAUACAGACUAAAGCUGAAUCGGACUAUUGGCACAAUUCCAACAAUUGGAUUUAAUGUGGAAACGCUGGAACCUAUCCAAAGCAUGUCACUGAUAGUUUGGGAUUUGAAUUAUGGGGCAAAACGAAAACAUCUAUGGAAAGUUCACUUCCGUGAUGCAGAUGGAUUGUUGUUUGCAUUGGACAGUGCUGAUUCUGGCAGGUUUGAUGAGGCUCGGACAGACCUAAAAUACAUUUUGGAAGACACUGAUAUGCGCAUGGUUCCCUUUGUAGUACUGGCCAACAAACAGGACAUUCCAGGGGCUAAAAGCCCCUCAGAACUGUUGGAGCUGCUGGAUUUAGAAAAAUUUCAGAGUCAUAUGAUGCACGUACAGGGAUGUUGUGCUGUCACUGGAGACGGACUGAUGGAAGCUGUGCAACGACUUGUUUUUUUAAUAAAAGAGAACAAACGGCAAAGGAUGUCUCACAGAUGAGGGAAAUCUGAAGCUCAUGUCAUUACUAAACCUCCCUGCUUAUAUGUGCAGACCUCAUCUGACAAUAUCAAAUGCAAAUUAGAUGGCUCUGACAGCUAGGAAAGGCGGUAAUGUAAUGAACUGUCUGUGUGGGUCCCAUAAAUCCUUAUCUCAUGUCAUAUUCUAUGUUUCUGUGUUUGCAGGCAGAGCAUAAGUGAGUCAUUCUUUUGUUCUUUUUCCCCUAAACUUUUUAUAUUUAUUGUUUAAUUAUUUCCAUUUGUUACUACAGACCAUGUGGACUACUGGCAUUGCACUGAGCUCUGAACUCACAGUAACUGUUCAUGCCCACUCAGAUAAGUUGUUUCCUUACAGCUACAGAACUUCAUGUUUUGUGAACUAUUUCAUCUACACUAGACUUGGAAACUGGCCUAGUCAUUUUAAAAUGUAUAUCAGAAGAAAACGUUCACACAUACAUGCAUUUUUAGGACUUGCCAUAUAAACUGCAUUAGUAAUGUGCUGAUAAAGUGAUUAAUGCAAAUGAACAAAUGACACACAGCUUUAUUUAUAUAACAAGUUCUCUAAUGUGAAUACAAUCAUCUUCUCAGCUGUACUAGAAAUGUGAUCACUCAGAGUGUAAAAAUCCAAGUAAAUCAUGUAACUAUCCAGCAUGCU